AUGAGGAGCUUAAGGGAUACAGGUUUGCUGUUUCCAAGUACGUUCAGUAGCGAUGAGAAACGUUUGAAGGAAAUAUUCGAGAAAUUGCGGACCAUUCGAAAGGCGAUAGCAGCAACAAACAAAGUGAAUGUUAAUGCAACAGUUGGUGAUAACCUCAAGACUGAGCGCAAAACAACCAAAAGACACCUACAACAAGCGGAAGAAGCUACGGAAGAAGUGAAACGCAAAGUUUUGAUUGGUGCUAUGAGUUUUAAGAAGGUCGAUGAACGGAAGGAUUCAUUCAAACGAUCAAGUUUAGUUGGCAGACGCCGAGGUAGUGGCAAAGCAAAAAUUGAUAGUGAUACGGUAAUUAACAGUAAUACGGAGUUCUUACCACCGAGUGCUGAUAAUGGUAACAACAAACCACUUUCCUCGGAUGAUCAUUCUGGGACGAAAAAAAAGUCAGAAGAACCAUCAGACAGUUUGGAUACUCAUAAAUCGCCUAUUGAUUUUGAUACUGGGAAGAGUGCUGCAUCGAAUGUUCCCGGCACGUCAGGAUCGAGUUCCACAUCAAAAAGGAUUUUAGCUAGCGGAACUUCGAGUAGUUCUGAUACUUGUGUAUCUGUAGCAUCAGAUACUUUUGAUACUUAUAAGGCUCGAGAUGGUUCAAGCUCAUUCGACAACUACAAACCAAUAAACCUUUCUGAUAGUGGUGAUUUCGAUGCCAGCGGACCAUCUCCUUUUGAUAUCUACAAACCUACAUCUAUCGGUGGCAAUGAAUUUGAUAAUUAUAAAUCAGGAUCAGCACAACCGUUUUCUUUUGAUACAACUAGCGGGUCAUCACCGUUUAUUGGUUUUGAGCGGCCGAAACCAUGUAGGGGUCCUUGUUUAUACAUUCGUGGAUACGAUUUGGUAGCAGAUUCUUUACAGAAUGUGUUCAGUAAAUAUGGUGUUAUCAAUAGAGUUUUUGUGGAGGAACGUCAAAAGAGUGCAUUCAUUACAUAUGCCACAACGGAGGAAGCGGAAGCUGCAAUAAAGGAAAUGGAUGGAAAUAUGGUUAAUGGGAUCACAUUGCGUGUUUCAUUUGCACGCCGUCAAAAUCAGUGUGGUGAUUCUGGACACUUUCGGUCUAGUGAAUCAUUUGAUAGGGGAAACGAUGGUGAUGAAAAAAAUUAUUCUAACCGUUCUCGAAGCGAAAGAAGUGGCCGCUUUCUGGGUAAUGAACGUAUUCGUUUCCGUGGCGAAAAAAGCGGACGAGGUCGUGGUCGAGGACGUAUGUGUGAAAGCGGAGAAUCUUUGUUGUCAACAGCUUUCACUGAAACUAGUGAUGAUUUUUGGUCCAAGAACAAAUCAUCAAAUGAUGAGUCGACAGUGCAGGCAUCUCGUGAUAAAGAUGAUUUCUGGUCAGCAAGAAGACUGUCAACAGGAAGAAUGAGUGAACCAAACGUUGAAAAGGAUAAAGAAGGGAAUGGUUUUGAUACGUAUAAAUCAGCAAUAUCUGCAGGUGGAGGGGAUGAUUUGAAUGUUAGUAAUAAUGAAGACGAUGAUUUUGAUAUUUAUAAAUCAUUUAGUGAUGAAGGAGGUAAUAGUUCCAGUAAUUGUCAGAAGAAUUUAGGAAAAAGGCGCGGCAAUUACGAGCAUCUGAGGGAUGAAAGACAAGGCGGUUUCUGUGAUGAUAGAUAUCGCAAUUUUCGAGGUGGUCGACGACACAAUGGAAUACCUCCACGAGGCAGUAGAAAUCGUGGGGGUCCAUUGUGGUGGUCGAGAAAGCAGAGCAAUGAGCUGAAAGAUGUUAAUUAUUGCUCGACUGAUAAUUUUAAUACUGGACGGGAGAGCUCAUGCCUAACGGGAGAUGAGAGUGAAGACAAGGGUGAACAUAGCAAAAGUGAUAGUGCUAAUCGAGAGAGCGAAUCACUGGGAAAAAAUGAUGAUGGCAAGGAUGAUUUCGGGCCCUCGUGUAGUCGUCGGUCUAAUUAUGAAGGUGGCGAGUCGUGUCCUUUUUCUGUUGCAAGAUCAGGUAGCGACCAAUCGUUUCGAAGAAGCACAGGAGGGGAUUAUAGAAGCGGAAGAAGAGGUGGAAAUCGAGGCGGAAGGUUUCGACGACAGCGUUGCGAUAUCGACAAUAAGAGUACAUGGUCCGAUGAAGAAGGCAAAUCAUGUUACGAUGAAUGGCCUGAUGUUAAUAGCAGGCCUUUGCGGGAUUCAUGGUUUGCAUCCGUCGGUGAUAAGAUGCCCAAUUCUCCUCCACCUCCUCCACCUAUGUCUGAAGUUCAGGUAGCGUGGAGUGAAGCCACCAAGAAGACAUCGAAGGGGACGGCAGCAGCAACAAAAAGGGAAGAAAUAACUGCAAUGCAGCGUAAACUAGAAAUAAGGAAACAAGUGUCGUAUGAUGAGGAUGAUCCGUUUGCUUGA